AUUAUUUUAACUAAGUACAAAUAUGAAUAACAUAAAUACAAGAAAGUAUUUCAAGGUAGGAUAAAAGAAACCUUAAACUGGAUGUCAUGAUUAAAUUGUAAUGAAAAUGGAAUGCCAAGAUGAAGAUUUGAGAGAUCUUGAAUUCUAACUUUAAAAGAAAAUGUGCUUAAAUGAAAAUGAAUGUUUUUUUAUUGAAGAAAUCCUGUACACCGAUCCAUCUGAACCAGAGGUAUUACUUGAUGAAAAUAUCUGUAUUAACCAAGAUGUCACUUUCAAUCCUCAAUAUUAUUUGAACAAUGAGAAUUCAAUAAUAGGAUGAUAUAUUUAAUUAAAAUCAAUGAAUUAAUCUCACC